GUGACACUCUCAGCUCUCCUCAGUGAGGGCAGUCAGUUCGUUAGAUCAGCUGGGUUAAAUAUGCUGUAAACUUACAGCCGGAGUUUGGAGUUUGCUGCAUGGAGUCCCAUGUUAAUAUCUGCAGCUGCACUGGGAGCUUCGGGAUGUUCUGCUGGGGAGACGCGUCCAGAGGGCAGCUGCUGCUGCCCGCAGCGGAGGGGCAUUAUCUCCCUAAACCCACCUUCAUCAGCAUCAUCACUGAGCGGGUAGUCGGGGUCUCGUGUGGGGAGAAUCACUCUCUGAUUGUGGCUGAAAAUGGGCGAGUUUUCUCCUGUGGAAGAAACUCUAAAGGGCAGCUGGGGAGAGCGAAGAGUAAAGACACUAAACAGCCAGUUAUUGAAGGUCUUGGGGGAGUAGCCGCUGUGGCCUGUGGCCAGGAGCACAGUUUGGCUCUGUGUGACUCAGGGCAGGUGUUCUCCUGGGGAGCAGGUGGAGAAGGACAACUAGGCCUGAGCACCCCAGUGUCAAAAUCCUCCAAACCAGUACUGAUUCAAAUACCAAUGAUCCUACCAAUACCAGUGGUGCAGAUUGCUUGUGGAAAUAUCCAUUCUCUUGCUUUAACAAAAGGUGGUGAGGUGUUCUCCUGGGGCCAGAAUAGCUAUGGUCAGCUGGGGCUGGGGAAGUCUGUGCCCCUGCAGCCUGUUCCUGCUGUGAUACCGGCUCUAAUUGGAGUGCCAGUGAUUCAGAUCUCUGCUGGUGGAGAGCACACUCUAGCCCUCUCCUGUUCAGGACAGGUCUUCUGCUGUGGAGCGAACAGUGCAGGACAGCUGGGUCUCAAUAGGACUGAUGAGAAAGGCCGCUUUGGAGUUUGUGCUGUUCCUGCUCUAAAGCGGCUGCCUGUCGCUUACAUCAGCUGUGGAGCAGCACACACUGCCGUCCUCACUAAGGAUGGAGAGGUCUACACUUUUGGAGAUGGUGCACAUGGUCAGCUCGGGCACAGCUCCACCAGCAGGGAGCUCCUGCCCAGGAAAGUUGAGGACAUUGACGGACCAGCUAAACAAGUAACCUGUGGCAGCCAUCACACACUGGUUCUGAUGUCAUCUGGUGUCCUCUAUGCAUUCGGGCAUGGAGUCAGAGGUCAGCUGGGGAACGGUAGUGGUAAAGAUAGCCUGCAGCCUGUAAGACUGGAUGAACUGUGGAAGGAUUUAGCAGUGAAGAUUCAAGCAGAAAUGAGGAUCUCUUCUGGCUGGAAUUCCAACUUCCUUUUCUUUCCUCCUCCCAAGCCUUCUGUUCUGGGAGAGCCGAUUGGAAGACUGGAUGAUGCCAGAGUGCAGAGAUGGGUCUCGAUGUUGGAGAGAGACAGAACCACAGAGAUAGCUAAAAGGGAGAUUAGCUUGACUUUUUCAACAUGCUCGAAUAUCGUUGCUUGUUUCCUGGAGGAAAGUGGAGCCAUUGGUAAGAGUAAUUCUGGCACCAUGGCAGUUGAUUUAGAUGCUGCCAGCCAGACAUUUGACAAGCUUGUGAAGAUUCCUUGGAUCAAGAAAUCAAUCAACCUCAUACCUCUGGUGCGUAGCCUUUGGUAUGGUUCAGCAGUGAUGAAGUGUCCAGAGAUCUUCCUGCUUCUGCCCACAUGCCCUAUUCUUCAUGAAGAGCAGAACACCAUUGAGUUUGUGCUGCCGAUUGCAGUGGCCUUAACCAAGCUUAACGAGACUGCCAUGAAAAUCCUGAAGGAACACUGGUCCGCCAUGGACGCCCCUAUGAUGAUCAAACACAUUUCCAUGUGGAAAUCUGCACUUUCCUUUCUCUUGAAGGCAAAGGUGUGGUUAGACUUUAUCCCUGGAGUGAAGGGUGUCCUGGAGGUCCUCAAAUAUCUGUACAGGAGCAACAAAAGGGUAGAGAAGUCAAGGAAAGUUCCCAUCAGUGAGUUCUACAUAGAGGAGAUUGGCAACGUAGAGCUGUUGCUCCAGCAGGACAUUACACUCUGGCGGCAGAUUAAAUGGGGACAGGUGGAGGAAAUGGACAUGACGCCUCCAGUUUUCUGCCGUUACCCAUUCCUCCUGGACCUACAGAGCAAGAUCAGGAUUUUGAACUACGAUUCUGCCAUAACAAAGAUGACGCACCACUUCAUUCACAACCAGGUGAAGAUGGGGCUGCAGCCGGAGUUAUUCAAUCCAGAGGCCCCUUUGCCCAUCAUGCUGCUUAAACUGAGACGCACAGCACUGCUGGAGGACACGUUCAGACACCUUUCCUACACUGACCACGACAACUUCAAAAAAGAGCUGAUGGUGCAUUUUGUUGAAGAUUCCAGACAAACAGCUGUCAACCAAAGAGACUUCUUCCUCCACGUCUUUACUGAGCUCAUAGCUCCAGAGUCAGAGAUGUUCAUUUACAAUGACAGCCAAACAAUGAUCUGGUUCCCAUCCAAGCCAAAACUGGAAUCAAAGAAGUAUUUCCUGUUUGGGAUCCUGUGUGGCCUGGCCCUGAACAACAGCAACAUCGUGCACAUGCCCUUCCCUCUGGCCAUGUUUAAGAAGCUGGUGAACGUGAAGCCCACUCUGGAUGACCUGAUCGAGUUCAGACCUGUAAUCGGAGAGAGUUUGCGAUAUCUACUGUACGACUACACUGAUGAUGACGUUGAGAACAUGGAGCUGUCCUUCUGUAUUCACUGGGAUGGAGUUGAUGUGGAACUGGAUCCUCAGGAAAGAGGAAAACUGGUGUCAAGGGAUAACAAAAAGAAGUUUGUGGAUGCCUAUGUGGAUUACACCAUGAACAAAUCAGUGGAGCAAGUGUUCGAGGAGUUCAGGAGGGGCUUCUAUAAAGUGUGUGAUCGAGAUGUGGUGGAGUUCUUCCAGCCCGAGGAGCUGAGAGGAGUAAUGGUGGGCACAGAAGAAUACGACUGGGACGUAUUCCGACAGAACACGGCUUACAAUGGACAGUACCACACCAGUCACCCCACUAUCAUCACUUUCUGGGAGGUGUUCGAGGAGCUGACAGAGGAACAGAAGAAGGCCUUCCUCUUGUUUCUGACGGGCUGUGAUCGCGUACCCAUCCUAGGAAUGGAGCAGGUGAAGAUGACCGUCUCUGUCCUGCUGAACUCCACCCAGGAGCACCUGCCCGAGUCCCUCACCUGUCACUGCCUCCUCAUGCUCCCAGAGUACGAGAGCAAGCAGCGGCUGCAGGACAAGCUCGUUGAAGCCCUGAACCACAACAGAGGCUUCUGGAGGGAGUAGACAGAAUGGUGUACAGUGUGUUUGCUGUUGUGCAUUGUUUUAAAACAUCUAUUUUUGGAUGCUUAGAAGCGCUUAAUAUUUUCUGGUUAGCUUGUUGGUCGUUGGCACACCUUAACUCUCUGAUUUUUACUUGUUAUUAUUAAAAUAUCUGUUUUAUUGACCUAUUGUUAUUAGAGUAUUUUUGAGAUGUUUGCUCAUGUUCAUAUAAUAAGCAAACAGUUUAAUAUUGGUUUAUUAUUCUACAUUAUAAUUUAUUAGUUUAAUAUUGGACACCAUUAUUCUAUUAGUCUUUCCAUUUUUCACAAUAGUCGCAGAAUAAUAAGCCUCAAGAUUAUCACUGCGUAUAUUAAAGAUUAAGAUCUGGAGAGCUUCUUUUCUUUAUUUUCCCUUUUUGGCUUAAGAUUCUGGUCAUCACACCCAUAUAUGACAACUGUCAUUUCGCAAUAAAUAAAACUAUAAACACACAAUAAAUAAAUGGAAGUCUGUUCA